ACUGGGAUUGCUUGUAUUUGUAGAAGCACAAUUAAUUGAGUGUAGACUUAUAGCAUUUGAUUUGAAUUUGAAUGGAGAGAGAGAGAGGUGCCCUAGGCCCCUAACUUUCCGAAUCCACAGAGCAUAGAAACCCACCCUACGCAUCUGUGUGCUCGUACGAACCCAAAAAUGGCGGGACUUUUCAAGACUUUUGGGAGCUUUUUUAUCUUAAUUUAGUAAAUUAUUAUAAUUGCGCACUAUCGCUGUCCUCUCCCGCCCGUUCAACUUCUAUUUAGGUCUCUGUAUCUCCCCUAAUUUCACUUUUAUUUAGGAGGGAAAGCUUACUACUCGUUGGUUUCUGUGAAAUCUCGUGUGAUCGUCUCUUGAUAGGUCUUUUUGCUGAUAUUGUAAUAUGGAAAGUGGGGAAGUGAAAGCUGAGCCUCUGGUUUUAAUGUCGAUAGAUGAAGAAAUUCUGGUCCAAAAUAACUGUGAAAUCGAUGUGCCAAAAGAGGAGAAAUCGGUGCUUGAGGGUUCAGUUACAAAAAAAUUGAAGCGCGACGAAAAUAACAAUCAAGGUUGUGGUGAAAGUAAUGGUCUCGGCACGAAAACUGCAGAAUCAGAGGGAAAGAAGGGAACUCUCCGGAUAUACGGUAGGAUUAAGAGAGAGAAAGGGUCGGAGAAUGGGCAAGUGGAUGUGGAUAUGAGAGAGAAUGGGGGAGACGGCGAAGGAUCGAAAGAUUCGGUGCAAGAAAGUGGUGGGGCUGCAACGGCAGUUGAGGAAGGGAAGGUGAUGGAAGAAGGUACAAAUAGUUUGGGGGUUGUGUUGAAAGAAAACGGCGUUUCUUCUGAUGCUGAGUGCAGUAGAGGGAAAGAAGUGGGAGAAGAGGACAAUAUUAGAGGUGAAAAAGAAGAGGGGAAUGCUUUAGAGAAGGGAAAGAGCAAGGUAGAGACGGAAGAGCGGCGCUCUAGGGUUAGACAGUCCAGGAUAAUGGCUAUUGAGAGAAUGAGCACGUUGUUGAAUAACUUAGACGAUGAAGAUGAGGGGGUACCGGAUAUACGAAAGAAGAAGCCUCGCAAAAGGAUGAAUAACAAUGGAACUUCACUUAAAGAUAAUGAACUCGGAGUUGAAAUAGUCAAAGUGGAGGCUGAAAUAGCCAAAGUGGAGGUUGAGAAGGCUAAUCAAAGAAGGAGGAGUUCACGUAAUAAAGGCGCAGUGGAGGGUAAAGGAAAAGAGCUAAAUGAGACUGUAAUAAAGACCAGAGUUGGACUGAAAAGGGAUGAUAAUGGAUUUUUGGAAUCAAAUAUGUGUCACCAAUGCCAGAGAAAUGACAAAGGAGAGGUUGUCCGGUGCACUAAAUGCAAGACUAAGCGGUAUUGUGAACCAUGUAUAAAGACCUGGUACCCUGACAUGUCUGCAGAAGCUUUUGCAGAGGCUUGUCCUGUUUGUCAACUGAACUGCAAUUGCAAAUCAUGUUUACGCAUGGAAGUUCCUGUGGAAACUGCUGCCAAGAUUAAGGAGAAGUCAAACUUCAAAAUUGGAGAGGAUCAGAAGAUUCAGUACUCUAAGUACAUGAUAAAAGUUCUCCUACCUUUUCUUGAACAGAUUAACAAAGAACAAGUGAUAGAGAGGGAACUUGAGGCUAAGAUUCAAGGAAAGUCAGUUUCAGACACUGAAAUCAUUGGAGCAGCGAUGGAUGCAGCUGAGCGCAUUUAUUGUGACAACUGUCGAACUUCUAUCGUUGACUACCAUAGAAGCUGUCCUCAGUGUUCCUAUGAUCUUUGCCUUAACUGUUGUCGAGAACUUAGGAAUGGGCACUUGCAGGGAGGUGAAAAAGGACCAUCUUUUAAAUAUGUUGACUAUGGGUUUGAUUAUCUGCAUGGUGGUACAAAGAAGAAUUCUUUGAAGAAUGUUAAAAAGGAGAAUACUUCGAAGAAUGUUGGGGAGGAUAAGUUGGAGGAUAAUCCGUAUUCUCCAUCUCAAUGGAAAUCUAAGGAAAAUGGUGUUAUUUCGUGUCCCCCGCAAACCAAGGGAGGUUGUGGUGAAAAAAAUUUGGAAUUAAAAUGCUUGUUACCAGAUGACUAUGUUUCAAAAUUGCUUGUGGAAGCAAUAGAAAUAUGUGAUGGACACAAAAUUGAAUAUGCGCCUGAAUGUCUUGAGAAAAGUUGUUCCUGUUUCAUGAGCCAAAAGAUAUGUAAAGCGGCCUCUCGAGAAGAUUCUAGUGACAACUCCUUGUACUGUCCAUCAGCUGUAGACAUUGAGCAUGGGGAUCUGAAACAUUUCCAGUGGCAUUGGUCAAAGGGUGAGCCAGUAAUAGUUAGUAAUGUACUUGAAACUACCCUUGGCUUGAGUUGGGAACCUAUGGUUAUGUGGCGUGCCUUCCGACAGGUUAAAAACCUUGACCACGAUGCACGUUACGAUGUGGCUGCUAUUACUUGCCUCGAUUGGUGUGAGGUGGAUGUGAAUGCUAAACAAUUUUUCAACUGGUAUUCCGAAGCAUAUUCUACUGAAGCACAAUUUGACAAAAUGGGGUGGCCUCAAAUACUAAAAUUGAAAGACUGGCCUCCAUCCACUUUAUUUGAGCAGCUGUUGCCUCGCCAUGGCUUUGAAUUUAUCAGCUGCUUGCCCUUUAAAGAGUAUACACAUCCUCAAGAUGGACACUUAAAUCUUGAAACUAAGCUUCCUCCAGGCUCUAUAAAACCUGAUAUGGGGCCAAAAACCUAUAUAGCUUAUGGAUUCAACGAGGAGCUAGGCCGUGGAGAUUCUGUAACAAAGCUUCAUUGUGAUAUGUCUGAUGCGGUUAAUGUCUUGACACAUAUAAAAGGAGUUACAAUUGAACCUGAUGAUCUCAAGAAUAUUGAAGAAGUCAAAGUUAAGCAUGCUGCCCAAGAUGAAUUAGAGAUUUAUGGAGCUGUUCGGAUGGAAACUGGGGAAGAAGUGAAAGCCUUGAUAGAGUCUGAUCUUGCCCAUAUGAACAAUGCUGACUUGGAUGUUGAGCUAGGAGUUUCAAACAUUGUCGAAAACAGCACCAAUGAUGACAAAGAGAAAAACCCUAAGGAGGUAUUAGAGACUAAAGUUUUGAAUGCUGACAACGACUGCAAGGAAAGCAAAAAUAAAGAGAAAUGUGAAGAGAGAGUGUUGCUGACAAAGGAUCCUCAUGUUGUACGACAAGUUCACAUCUAUGAAAAUGAUCAAAUACAACUCUCUGGAGGAAAAGUGGAUGUUGGCCUCAAUAUGUGUAAUGGCAGUCUUGAUGAUGCAGAUAGUGGAGCCCUUUGGGACAUCUUUAGGCAACAAGAUGUUCCUAAAUUAGAGGAGUAUCUCAAAAGGCACUUCAAUGAGUUCAGGCAUAUCUAUGGUAAUCUGCUUCCAGAGGUUAUUCAUCCAAUUCAUGACCAAACUAUUUACUUGACUUCGGAGCACAAAAAUCGACUUAAGGAGGAAUAUGGAAUUGAGCCAUGGACAUUUGUACAGAGGUUAGGAGAUGCAGUCGUUAUACCAGCGGGCUGCCCGCAUCAAGUUCGAAAUUUGAAGUCUUGCACUAAAGUCGCACUUGAUUUUGUGUCGCCUGAAAAUAUUCCUUCGUGCUUCCAACUGACAGAGGAGUUUCGUCUGCUGCCCUUGGAUCAUAGGGCUAAAGAAGACAAGCUUGAGGUGAAGAAAAUGUUAAUUCAUGCAAUGAGGAGUGCUGUGAAUGAUGUAAAGGAAGUCAAUUCCCCACAACCCCCAAAGGGAAACAAGAAAUCCAGUACUGGAAAGGGAACAAAACGUCGCAAAGUAAAUUCGUGAUUAAAGCUCUUAGUUGGACAAGUUACAGUUGAACAUCCUUUUGUGUGGCGGAGGAAGACCCUUUUUUGGACUCAACGGUCAUCUAAUAUAUGCUAAGUUUCACUAUUAACUUGGUAUCUUCUAUGUUAGAUUUUCUGAUGGAGUCUUCUGUACUUAAAAUGAUUGGUGGCGUUUUGGUAAUUACUCGUUUGGUUUAGUAAUUUUUUUUGUA